AUGAGUGUGGCUCAGCAUGUUAUAGUGGGGGCUGCAGCCAUGGGUUUUAUUCAAAGUGUUUUUAGGCUUUUGAUGUUUGUUGUAGUUGUUUGUUUAAAUGUGGUGCAAGCACAAUCGCAGUACUGGCCACCAGCACUACUGCAAGAUCAUCAGUAUUGGCAGCCUAUUCACCAGUCCAACUUAUUCCGUCCACGGGCACCACAAUCAGACCAGUUGGUUCCAACAGAGGUGCCACUUCCAGUAACAGAAAGUAUAGACACUACAAGUGUCCCAGAUAAUGUUGAUUCCAAUCCGGUGGUGCAGGAGAUUGAGGAGUUGUCCUUGGAGUUUCCUGAUGUGCAAGGAAAGCCUGAACAAAAGCCAGAGCAGUUUGGGUUGAGGCGGCCCACUCCAACCAACAGUUUGGCAGUAAAGUGUGGGGAGAAGGCAGUUAUAGUAGAAGUGAAGCUAGAUUUCUUUGGCACUGGUCAACGUGUUGAUUCCUCAUCUAUUACUCUGGGCGGCUGUGUGGCUGAAGAGGUGGAUUCCUUUGCUGGUGUGCUGGUCUUUCAGUCUGCACUGGAGGGCUGCAACAGUCUGACAAUGGUGACUGAUGAGGCACUGGUAUAUGUUUUCAGCAUCAUCUACAAACCCAAAAUUUCAGCUGGGAGGCCUAUUGUUCGGUCACGUGGUGCUGCUGUUAAUAUUGAGUGCCACUAUUUGAGGAAACACAAUGUAAGCAGCAAUAGCCUGAAGCCAACUUGGAUGCCUUACACAGCUACUGCGGUUGCAGAGGAUUUCCUGGUCUUCUCCCUGCAACUCAUGACUGAUGACUGGACGUCUGAGAGAGCCUCGGAUGUGUAUUUUCUGGGAGAGUUUAUGAAUAUUGAAGCAUCUGUGCUGCAAGUCAGCCACAUGGCCCUUCGUUUGUUUGUGGACACCUGUGUGGCAGCUGGAAGUCCAGAUGAAAAUGAAGAUCCCAGAUAUACCUUCAUUGAAAACCAUGGGUGCUUUACUGAUGGAAAGAUCUCAAACUCCAGCUUUCUGCCUCGAUCAAGAUCGUCUAGGCUGCAAUUUCAGUUGGAAGCAUUCCAGUUCCAGGAGGAAACUAGUCCAGUAUGUUUUAUCUACAUCAAGUGUUUCCUCAAGGCAACUGCAGCCUCAUCACCUACAGAUGAAGAACAUAAAGCUUGUUCCUUUAUGUCAAAUGGGUGGGUUUCUACAGAUGGAACUGAUCAGGUGUGCAACUGCUGCAAUGAAUCUUGUGGAUAUAGGAAAAGAAGAGCUCUGGCAACAGAUAAAGGUCUUCAAUGGGAGGGAAAAGCCACUAUUGGACCACUUUUUGUCAAGGAACUAUAG